GGCUACUCAAGGUCUCUCCUAUAUCAAGUUAUACGCUUUGAGCUCUAGCAUAUUGCUCUCCUUUUUCAAUGGGGUCUGAAAUGGUGAUGGUGGGUGAUAUUCCUUUUCCUCUUGAGAUCACAACCACAAAGCCUUUGCCUCUUAUAGGAAGGGGCAUUACAGAUAUUGAGAUCCAUUUCCUCCAAAUUAAGCACAAUGCAAUUGGAAUUUAUUGUGACGAAAGUAUUGCUGAUCAUUUAGGAAAUUGGAAGGGGAAGAAGGAAAGGGAGCUCAUUAGCGAUGAUUGUUUCUUUGAUGCUCUUGUAUCAGCACCUGUAGAAAAAUAUUUCAGAGUUGUGGUGAUCAAGGAAAUAAAAGGAGCCCAGUUUGGUGUUCAAAUUGAAACUGCUUUGAGAGAUCGAUUGGUAUCUGCCGAUAAAUAUGAAGAUGACGAAGAGGCAGAAUUAGAGAAGAUUGUUGAGUUUUUCCAAACUCCAUACUUCAAAAAGGGUUCGGUGGUCACCUUCUACUUCCCUGAAAAUACUCCCACUGCAGAGAUGUCAUACGUGAUUGAAGAGAAAGAUGAAGCGAAGAUUAAGGUGGGGAAUGCAAAUGUGGCUGAAAUGAUUCGGAGAUGGUAUUUGGGUGGGUCUAUAGCAGUGUCUCCAAGCACUGUGCAAAGCUUGGCUGAGAAAUUUGAAACCAUUUUAUCUUCUGCUUAGACUUUCCAUGUUCAUAUGGUUGACUUAUAAGUUUCUCAAUGCUAAGAUGUAGGAGUCUUAAAGUGAACAGACUACAAUUAUGUAUUUGGAUGUUUCAAGUACCUUAUUGUUACAAUGUUACCCAAUAAAUUAUCUAGCUUUGUGAAUGUAUGGGAGUCAUCUGAGAAGUAAUAUAA